AUGGUUAGUCCUGAUUCUAAUGAAAAUGAUAACAAUGUUCCUAACAAUGAUAGAAAUGGUGAUAAGUUGAAUGACAUGUUACACGAUGUGGAGGACGAGGUUCUUGAUAAGGAUUAUGAAAAGUUUCAAAAGUUAUUUGAUGAGGCCGAAACAUCAUUGUAUCCUGGAUCUAAAUUUACCAAACUUUCAGCUGUUUAUAGAUUGUUUAACUUGAAAGCAGGCUAUGGUUGGAGCGAUAAAAGUUUCAUAGAGUUACUAAAAUUUUUGCAUGAAAUUCUUCCAGAAAAAAAUGAUAUACCGAUUUCAACAUAUAAAGCAAAAAAACUCAUGUGUCCACUGGGAUUGAAAAUUGAAAGAAUAGAAGCAUGCCCUAAAGAUUGUAUAUUAUAUAGGAAUGAGUAUGCAGAUUUAGAUCAUUGUGUUAGAUGUGGUACAUCACGAUAUAAGCGAAAAAAUCAAACAGGGGGUGACAAUAACAGGACGAACAAUGGGCCCCCAGAUAAAAUAUUGUGGUAUUUGCCAAUCAUACCAAGAUUGAAACGACUAUUUGCAAACUCUAAAGAUGCAAAGUUGUUGCGUUGGCAUACCGAAGAGCGUAAAAUAGAUGGAAAGAUUAGACAUGUGACAGAUUCUUCCCAAUGGAGGAACAUAGAUACCAAAUUUGAAGAAUUUGGCGAGGAAAUUAGAAAUAUUCGGUUUGCUUUUAGUUCAGAUGGAAUUAAUCCGUUCGGGGAUAUGAGCAGUUUUCACAGCAGUUGGCCAGUCCUUUUAUGCAUUUACAAUCUUCCACCAUGGUUAUGUAUGAAACGUAAAUACAUCAUGAUGUCAUUGCUUAUUCAAGGUCCUAAACAACCCGGAAAUGACAUUGACGUGUAUUUAGCUCCAUUAGUUGAUGACUUGAAAAAAUUAUGGAGUACAGGUGUCGAAGUGUUUGAUGCGUACAAGCGAGAAAGUUUCCAACUAAAAGCUUUACUUUUUUGCACGAUAAAUGAUUUUCCAGCAUACGGUAAUUUGUCAGGUUACAGUACAAAGGGGAAAAAAGCUUGUCCUGUCUGUCGAGAUGACACGGAUUCUUUAAGGUUGCAACAUUGUCGAAAACAUGUGUUUGUGAAUCAUCGAAGGUUUCUUUCAAAGUAUCUUCCGUACCGGAAGCUAGAUGCAAAAUUGUUUUAUGGGAAACCCGUGCGUGGAGUUGCAAGUCCAUCUUCGGAUGGCAGGACUGUAUAUUCUGAGGUUGAAGAUAUAAACACUAUAUUUGGAAAAGGUGAUAAGGGUUUGCCUGAUGGAAUUUGGAAAAAGAAAUAUAUUUUUUGGGAAUUACCGUAUUGGAAACAUUUGCAAGUGCGACAUUGUCUUGAUGUGAUGCAUAUUGAGAAAAAUGUUUGUGAUAGUUUGAUAGGUUUGUUGUUAAACGUCAAGGGGAAAAUGAAGGAUAGGGUUAAUGUUAGAAAGGACAUGGUCGCUUUGGGAAUCCACCCAGAGCUUGCUCCUGUUGAUAAUGGAAAACACACAUGGUUGCCAGCAACUUGUUAUAACUUGUCGAAAGACGACAAAAAGAGUUUUUGUAAAUGCUUGCAUAGUGUAAAAGUUCCAUCCGGGUAUUCUGCGAACAUUAGAAAGUUAGUAUCAAUGAAAGACUUGAAACUAAUUGGUAUGAAGUCUCAUGAUUGUCAUGUUUGGAUGACACAUAUGAUUCCCAUUGAAAUUCGUGGAAUACUACCAAACCAUAUUCGACACACAAUCACAAAGUUAAGUUGGUUUUUUAAUAUGAUUCAUUCAAAAGUGAUAGAUUCUGAAAAGUUAGAUUUGUGGCAAAAGGAGAUUGUGGUCACUCUUUGUCAACUUGAGAUGUAUUUCUCGCCUUCCUUCUUUGAUGUGAUGGUACACCUAGUAUCUCAUAUAGUUGAAGAAAAAAAGGCUUGCGGUCCCGUUUUCCUAAGAUACAUGUAUCCAUUUGAGAGAUAUAUGGGUUUCUUAAAAGGAUAUGUAAGAAAUCAAUCUCGACCCGAAGGUAGUAUUGUUGAAGGAUAUGUUGCUGAAGAAGUGAUUGAUUUUUGCACAAACUAUCUCAAUGGUGUUUAA